GCGGCGGCGCCAUGGCAUGCGCGGGGCUACUCACCGUGUGCCUGCUCCGGCCGCCCGCGCCCCAGCCCCAGCCCCUGCGACGUCCCCAGCUCGCGCCCGACGCGGAGCCCGCCGGACACGCGCUCUUCCAGGACGUUUUCCGCAGAGCAGACAAGAAUGAUGAUGGGAAGCUCUCAUUUGAGGAAUUCCAGAAUUACUUUGCCGAUGGGGUUCUUAGCCCGGGGGAGCUACGGGAACUGUUCAGUGGCAUUGAUGGGCACAUCACCGACAAUUUAGAAACGGAAAAACUGUGUGACUACUUCUCAGAGCACCUGGGCGUCUACCGGCCAGUGCUGGCUGCAUUGGAAUCGCUGAACCGUGCAGUGCUCGUUGCCAUGGACACCACCAAGCUGGAGUAUGAGCAGGCCUCCAAGGUGGACCAGUUUGUGACGCGAUUCCUGCUUCGGGAGACAGUGAGCCAGCUGCAAGCCCUGCAGAGCUCGCUGGAGGGGGCAUCAGAUACCCUGGAGGCCCAGGCCUGUGGCUGGCGGUCAGAUGCAGAGAGUGUGGAGGCACAGAGUUGGCCCCACAGCAGCCGGCGGGCAGGGCGCCGGGCCCUGAAGAGCGUCAGCUGGUCAUCCACCUGGUCCCACAGCUCUUCUGACACAGGGCUCAGCUCAGAGGCCGAGAUGCAGUGGCGGCUCCAGGUGAACCGCCUCCAGGAGCUCAUUGACCAGCUCGAAUGCAAGGCCCCCCGGCUAGAACCGCUGCAUGAAGAGGACCUGGCCAAGGGGCCUGACUCGCACAUCCUUGUGGCCCAGAGGCAGGUCCAGGUGGCAGAGGAAGCCCUGCAGGACUUCCACCGAGCCCUGUGCUGCUAUGUGGACUUCACAGGGGCCCAGAGCCAUUGUCUGCAUGUGUCUGCCCAGAGGAUGCCAGACAGUGCCUCCUUCACCCUGUAUGAGUUCUGGCAGGACGAGGCCUCCUGGAGAAGGCACCAGCAGUCGCCCUGCAGCAAGGCCUUCCAACGCGUCCUCAUCGACCACCUGCUGGCCCCAGACACCCUCACCACUGUGUUCUUCCCAGCCUCCUGGUGGAUAAUGAAUAAUAACUGAGCCAGACCCGCACACGCUGAGGACCCCAGGGCCCUGCCUGCCUCCCUCUGGAGUCUUCUGGACUGGCCAGCCCAGCGCAAAGACCAGGCCUGCCUCCUCCUGGACCUGAGCCUGGUGGAGGGGCUCGGCCCAGGGAUCAGGGACUGGGCUGCUUGCUUUUCAUUGAUUGAUUUAUCCAUAUAUUUUACUGUUUGUCACUUCAGCCUCCAAACUGCUUGGGCUUCCACCUGGCUCAGGAGGCCUGGAUUCUGGUCCCUGCUGUCCCUGCCUGGCCGAACGACCCAGGGCGGGUCCCAUCCCUCUCUGGGUGGGCCUUGGGCCAACUGGCUGCCUAGUGAGGAUCCUGCUUUCUUCCUGCUGUCUCAGGGUCAGGCUUCUGCUCCUCCCCAGGCAGCAGCAGAAGCAAGGCUGAUGCUCAGGGACCCCCCCAACCCCUCAAACCUUGCCUCCUGAGGCUGGGCCAGACCUGGUGCCCCAUCACCCUCUCAGGCCACCAGGCUCUUGACUCUUCUAGCACCCAUGGAUGUGCCAGAGGCCUCUGGGUUGAUUUGCAUGCUAUUUGCAUAUCAUUUGCAUGCCCUCACCCACCCAUUCUCAGGGCACUAUGGGAAGCCCGAAGGUGACCUUGCCAAGUAGCAAUAAUUUGGGCCCAGGGUCACCUAUUGCCCCCAGAGGCCUCUAACCCCAGGUUGGGAGCCCCGUACAGAGGCAAUAAAGGCAUUAGUCCCUUCCA